AGUGUAAGGAGUUCCAGACUCCUAGACGGAGUGGGGUCAGUCUCCCCCUUAGUCACUAUUCUGUCCCCACUCUAAUGGCUUCCUGUCUUAUCUGGCUGGGGGUGAUUCUGGAGUGACUCAGGGACACACUAUACACCCCCGGCUUCUCUGGAAAUGGCAAGGGGUGGCAUGCUACAUACCCUGGGCGCACAUACCAGUGGGAAGGGGGAGUGUUGUAGCAGAGCUGGUGGGGGGCGGGGGGGACUUGAUUCCCCAGUGUGGCCACAGAGAGAGGCAUUCUGGGGUGUGUGAAGGGCCUGGGGGUACGCGGGCCAGAGCUGCCUGGCCUCUACUCCUGCCUCUACCCCAACCCCAGCUGAGCCCUGCAGUCUGGCCUCAGGCCAGAAGCAGGCUCAGCAGGUCCCAAGGGGUGUGGUGGCAGCCGGUGGCGGAGCCAGCCUACAUCAGCCAGGCAUUCAGCGAGGCAACACAGCCCAUCGGGAAUGGCUCAGCUUGCGGCAGCCAGGGCCUGAAGCAGCGGCGCGACCAUGAGCUCUCUGCUGUACUACACCCUGCCCGCCCUGAGCAGCUAUGUCAUGCUCUCCAUCUUCUUCCUGCGCCGACCUCGCCUGCUGCAUACGCCGUGGGUUUCAGCCUUCUGUCCCCGCCUGGGGGCCCACCGGGGAGGAUCUGGAGAGCGCCUGGAGAACACCAUGGAGGCCAUGGAAAACGCCGUGGCCCAGAGAGCCGACCUCCUGGAGCUCGACUGCCAGCUGACUCGGGAUGGCGUGGUGGUGGUGUCACACGACAAGAGCCUGUCCCGCCAGUCAGGCGUGAAUAGGGAUGUGGGCAGCCUGGACUUUGAGGAGCUGCCCCUCUACAAGGAAGAGCUGGAGGUUUACUUCUCGCCAGGUGAGCGUGUGGGCUGUCAGCGCCGGGCUGAGCCAGCUGGAGUGGGGUCACGGCCUCAACCUCCUGCCCUCUUUUCCCCUUUGGGACCCACGCCCUCCCCCCGGGCUUGCAGCCCCCCACCCCAGCAAUCCUUCUCUGAUCCUUCUUCCCACAACCCCUCAGGCCACUUUGCACACGGGUCAGACAGGCACAUGGUGCGUCUGGAGGACGUGUUCCGGAGCUUUCCGCGGAUGCCCAUAAGCGUGGAGGUCAAAGAGCAAAAUGAAGAGCUCAUUCGCAAGAUAGCGGGCCUGGUGAGGCACUAUGAACGCGAUGAAAUCACCAUCUGGGCCUCGGAGAAGAGCUCAGUCAUGAAGAAGUGCAAGGCCGCUAACCCUGAGAUGCCCACCGCCUUCACAAUAAGCCGAGGAUUCUGGGUGCUGCUGCUCUAUUACCUGGGGCUGCUGCCCUUCAUCUCGAUCCCUGAGAGGUUCCUCAUCUCUUUCCUGCCCACCAUCAUCAACAGGACCUACUUCCCAUUUUCCUGCUCUGGGCUGAAUCAGCUGGCGGCUGUGGUUUCCAAAUGGCUCAUCAUGAGGAAAAGUCUGAUCCAACACCUGGAGCAGCGAGGGGUGCAGGUGGUAUUUUGGUGCCUUAAUGAAGAGUCAGAUUUUGAAGUGGCCUUCCGCCUGGGGGCCACCGGCGUCAUAACUGAUUACCCGACAGCCCUGAGGCGCUACCUGGACAACCAUGGACCACCUGCCCCGGCCUCCUAACCCAGAGGUGCUCGCCCUCUCCUCUAUUUCUCUUCCCCAAUAAAUGUAUUCUUUUCA